GUCUGUAUCUCCUCCCCCCGGUGUGUGUGUGUGUCCGCCUCUCCAUGGCCGCCCCGCUGUCGCUGCGGAUCGGUGCCGAGUGCCCGGUGACCCGCGCCCGCCUCUGCCGCCUGCGGCUCCCGCACCAGGCGCUUCACACGCCCGUCUUCAUGCCCGUCGGCACACAGGGCACGUUAAAGGGCAUCGCAGUCCCGCAGCUGGAGGCGCUCGGAUGCCACAUCUGUCUGGGAAACACCUACCACUUGGGCAUGAGGCCGGAUAGCGGUGGAUUCCAGAUGGUGUCCUUGGUGGAGCUGGCAGAAGUCACAGAAGAAGGGGUGCGCUUUUGUUCCCCCUAUGACGGGGAGGAGAUCCUCCUGUCACCAGAGAAGUCGAUUGAAAUUCAGAAUGCACUGGGUUCAGACAUCAUGAUGCAGUUGGAUGACGUUGUGAGCAGUACUGUGACUGGUCCCAGAGUGGAAGAAGCCAUGUACAGGUCGAUCCGCUGGUUGGAUCGCUGCAUCGCAGCAAACAAGAACCCCGAGAAGCAGAACCUGUUUGCAAUAAUCCAGGGUGGUCUAGAUGCCGAACUGCGUACGAAAUGUCUGAAAGAGAUGAUCAAACGUGAUAUUCCUGGUUUUGCUAUUGGAGGGUUGAGUGGAGGGGAGGAGAAGGAUCACUUCUGGAGGAUGGUGAUGCUCAGCACUGAAUACUUGCCACGGGACAAGCCACGUUACCUGAUGGGAGUGGGGUAUGCAACCGAUCUCGUGGUUUGUGUGGCUCUUGGCUGCGACAUGUUUGACUGUGUGUUUCCCACACGGACAGCGCGGUUUGGCUCAGCGCUUGUUCCCUGGGGAUCGCUGCAGUUGAAACACAGACAAUACGCCAAGGAUUUCAAGCCUAUCGAUGAGGAAUGCACCUGUCCUACCUGCAAGAGGUAUACACGAGCAUAUCUCCAUGCCUUGUUCAAGAGUGACACGGCUGCGCUCCACCACAUCACGAUCCACAACAUUGCUUACCAGUUGAACCUGAUGAGCUCCAUCCGUGAAAGCAUUCAGCAGAGGCGGUUCCCGGAGUUCAUUCAACAGUUUAUGAAGCGGAUGUAUGGAAGUGCUGACAAAUACCCUCGCUGGGCUGUUGACGCACUCAGCGCUGUCAACGUUAAGUUGGAGUAGAGGCUGUGGAGUCAGGAUACUCUAUCCUACCCUGGGAAGGCGAAGGGCUCAUCCAAAGGCACCCAGCACGUGGUUUCUGACAUGAUGCUGCUGUGUUCAACUGUAAUAUAAUUGUCAGCUAUAAACAAUUUUUAAAGGAAAUCUUUAUCUUGUUGUUUGACAUAUGUGACAUUUAGUAACUUAGUAACGGGCCUGUCCCACUGUACGAGGUAAUUCAAGAGCUCUCCUGAGUUUAAAAAAAAAAUCAAACUCGUGGUAAGCACGUAGAAUAUACGUAGCUGGUACGUCGGAGCUCGGGACGUUUCUAAGCGGCUCGUAACGCUAACGGCAGGUACUCGGGAAACGCAGUAAGCUCGUGAAGAUUUUUUAACAUGUUGAAAAAUGUCCACGAGAGCCCCAAGUACCUACGAGGGGCUAUUACCGUCAUUCUCCGAGUUCGAAUCAGGGGAAACUUGGGAGAACACUUGAAUUAGCUCGUAUAGUGGGACAGCCCCAUAAAGUUGCUCCCUCGCAGCUAGGGACUAUGGUUCAAUACUGAUUUUUUAAAAUGUUGUGACAGAGUCCAGCUAAAGCUGCAUAGGACUAAUCUCCUGCUUUUUGUAUUCCAGCUCAAUGUGCUGGUCAACCUAGAGCCUCUAUUGAGCCCCUCUUCUCCCCCCACCUUUUGAGAUUUAUGCAAAAAAAAUGUUUCUAGUGGUCUGAAUGGCAAUUUUCAAUCCAACAAACACUGCUCCAUGAAUGAGGGAUUAUUUAGACAAUGCCUUCACCUCCCAGGCCAUCAGUAAACAAUGUGCUGAUGUUGUCAAAGGGUGGUUGCAAUCCAUAUUUGGGCUGGUUGGUGCAGCUGAUGAAAGAUCACCCAAUAGUCAACUCAAAGGCUUUUAAAGCACCUAGAAAUGGAUAUCUGAACCUCCAAACUGGGUGCACUCUGACCAUCUCUGGCACCAUAGCCUUUCAAGAUAGUAGCUCAAGAGACAUACAGCAAACAGUGUAGGAAGUAACCGCAGAUGCUGGUUCAAACUAUAGACACAAAAUGCUGGAGGAACUCGACGGGACAGGCAGCAUCUCUGGAGAAGGAAUGGGUGACGUUUUGGGUCGAGACCCUUCUUCAGUCUUGACCCAAAAUGUCACCCAUACCUUCUCUCCAGAGGUACUGCCUGUCCCGCUGAGUUACUCUGGCAUUUUGUGACUAUCUACAGCAAACAAGGCCAUGGUCAUGCCUGAACCUUAAAAGCAAUUUAAAGAACGAGCAUUUUCUGAAUGGAAAAUUGUACAUCAAGAUAAAGCUGAAGAAAAUGAUAAUCCCACAAAGUUCAGCAGUUGUUUUAUUUUAGAAACAUUUUAUUGAACCACUGAGGAAGGUCAACUGCAAUACUGUUCAACUAAUACAGGGGAAAAAAGUACAAAACAUGGUCUCUUAAAAUAAUCACACAAUUAUAAAACUAAACUGGGAAAAGGAAAAGUACAUUCCAGAACAAAGCUCCACUUCUAGACAGCUGCAAGAAAAAAUCAUUGAGGAGUUAUACAUUACAGAGGACGGGAUAUUAAAGCAUCACAACUGCCAGGCAAAAAAGACCCAUUAAAGUGAAUCACUGGAACCGGUUUGCUUAGGUGCACCAUUUUAAAAUCUAAUUUUAAAAAGGAACCAUUGAUGGUGCCGAUAACACAGGGAUAGGAAUAAUUAAAAAAAAAGAGGUUCUGCUUUAGUAUUACAGCAUUUGGGGCCACAAAAACAAAAAGGGAAUCUUCAUUCA